AUGUUCUCGAAAUUGACCAAAGAAACUGCACUGAACAUAGAUGAUGAAGAGCUGUUAGAUUAUUAUUUUUUGGAACCAAUAUCCAGUAUUGUUCAAACAGGAAAUGAAUUUCAAAGGUCUAACUACUUCAGUUUGAGAAAAGUUUUAACUGAUCUUCCGAAAUAUUGUGAUUAUGAUGAUAGUGUGGACAUUAGCGAUUGUUAUAUUCGAAUGAUUGAUUUGUAUAUGGGUACUUUCAAAGUUGAUAGCUUUGAAGAGGAUUUAGAACUUCAUAUGACGAUUCCUCGAACCUUUUUUGUUUCAUUUCUAUGCCAGGACUGCAAUGAAGUUCACCAACUGAUUUCACCACCCUGUGAUUUCAAAUUCAAGUUUCAAGUGAAAUACUCAUCAAAUGUGGUCGCGAAAUACGAAAAGUUUCCUGAUGAGCUGCCAUACAACUGUUAUUCACAUGAACUUCUAACUGAUAAUAGAGAUUGGAGAGUAGAAAACGAGUUGUACAGACUACUCGAUGAAGAUAUAGACAGAAAUGAAGUGAAACCGUUUGAAGAACAGAGAGAGCCGUUUGCUCUCAUUGAGAAGCAACAAGAAAUGCAACUCAACUACUGUUUGCGUAACUUUACUCUCGCUGAACACAUGGAACGAUUUUACGGCCCGGCUGCUAAAACAGAAUAUGAGUUCGAGGAAACAUUAGAAGAGUUUCUUGCCAAUGAUGAGAACAUCAACGGCCUUUCACAAGCUUUAGUCAAUUUCUUUUACUGA